GUCAUCUAUCUUAGAGCAACGGGCGGUGAAGUAGGUGCCGCUGCUACUCUUGCUCCCAAAAUCGGUCCUCUUGGUUUGGCACCAAAAAAAGUAGGUGAAGACAUUGCCAAAGCCACGACUGACUGGAAGGGUCUUCGAGUAACGGUGAAACUGACGAUUCAAAAUCGUCAAGCGGCUAUCGAAGUAGUCCCCACCGCCUCAUCCCUAGUUAUCAGAGCUCUCAAAGAGCCUCCACGAGAUAGAAAGAAAGAAAAGAAUAUUAAACAUUCUGGUAAUUUAACUAUGGAAGAAGUCAUAGAAAUCGCACGCACUAUACGAUUCAAAUCGUACGCUCGUCAGCUUAAAGGAACUGUCAAAGAAAUUCUAGGGACUUGUAACAGCGUCGGGUGUACUGUAGAUGGCCAAACUCCACUUAGCGUUAGCGAGAUGGUUGAAAAUGGGGAAAUUGAAAUUCCUGAUGAAUAA